UCAUCUCUCUCCUCUUUUCUAUCUUCCGGAGAGAGAGAGAGAGAGGAGAUAAAACCCCACUUUCCUCUUGUAUCUGCAGUUGCUGCGGAAUCACCUGCCCAAAUCACGAUCGAUUUGGAUUGCGAUUGCAGUUGACGUCACCAUCGAGUAAUCGAUUGCUUCUCAGCCGCCGGAUUCGAUCAGUAGUAUCUGUUCUUGUAUGGGAAAUACUAUAUAUGCGAUGAUGUAGUGAUCUUUUUGCCAGUCAACGCUUGGAUGCGAGCUUCUUGAACUGAUUGUUUUAGUCUUUCGAUCAGCUCUACCAAAUCCACUAAUCAGGUUGGACACUCAUGAAAGUUGAAUGUAGGCCAUUGGUCAAGUUUUUACUGUCCAUUUUUCAUACACGUAUAUCCUACCUGAUGAAUGGGUCAGCCUUAUUUUUGAGCCACAGUGCACACAUGGUAGUGCCCUCCUGAAGAAAGGCCUGGAUCUGGCGCAGAUGUGUGGGGAGAGUGAACAAUUUUUGAAGCAUAUCCAAAUCUGUGCUGAGAGAGUAACAGGUUGUUUGGUGGGGCCUGAAAUUUGAGCUGCUUUUUUAUUGGGGCUUCUUCAUUGUGUCGCAUAUCAGUUAGGAAGCUUUGAAAAGUGGCAAUUUCACUGCUUCUCUAUGCUUACUUUUGUUUCAAUCCUGUCUGCGGGCUUUGAUGGCUGUUCCUUCAUUGGAACCACAACGUGAAAGCCAAACCGAUAGAUAUCCUUUACUAAUGGAGCGGUCCACAAGUCAUAGCGGCGAAGAACAUGUUAUUGAUGUCACUACCAGGGGCAGCGUUGCUUCCUCAUCGGGCUCUCAUGUUGAUAAUUUGUCUGACCUAGAAACACCACGGCAUGAUGGCGGGCCCUCAAGUACCACACAGCUUCCCAUAUCUCAAUCUUCUUCUUCUUCCUCCAUCACAUCAACUUCGAGAAAUGCCUCUUUAUUGAGGAGAGGUGACGGUUACGGUCGCCGCCGUCAUAGAAGCCCACUGAAUUCCGGGUUGUGGAUUUCCAUCGAACUUAUCAUCACUGUCAGCCAAAUAAUUGCAUCCGUUGUCGUUUUGUCGUUGUCGAGGCAUGAGAAUCCACAAGCUCCAUUGUUUGCAUGGGUUGUUGGAUAUGCUUCAGGCUGUGUUGCUACUCUCCCUCUUCUUUACUGGCGAUAUAUCCAUCGCAACCUUCAGGGCUCUGCUGAGCAAGAAUCUACACAUGCACGUCAGGGUUCUUCUCAAGGCAAUGCUUCUUCUGAAUCUACUUCUUACACUGCCAUUUCAGUUCCUCAGGCUCCAGAAGAGGAACCACGACGUACCGCAAGGUCAUGGUUUACUCGAAGUGCAGGAACAGCAGCUUCAAUUCCAAGGCUCAAUGCACUGGUUGACCACUUCAAAAUGGCUUUGGAUUGCUUCUUUGCGGUGUGGUUUGUGGUCGGCAAUGUGUGGAUCUUUGGUGGGCACACGUCUGCUGGUGACGCUCCAAACUUGUACAGGUUAUGUAUAGUGUUUCUUACAUUCAGUUGUAUUGGGUAUGCCAUGCCUUUCAUUCUGUGUGCAACGAUCUGCUGCUGCUUGCCUUGUAUUAUUUCUGUCUUGGGCUUCCGAGAGGAUCUGGGUCAGACCAGAGGAGCGACUCCGGAAUCCAUUGGUGCUUUGCCAACAUACAAGUUCAAGUUGAAGAAAAACAGAAGCAGAGGAGAAAAUGAAAUCAGUUCAGAAGGUGGCAGUGAGGGCGGGAUCUUUGCAGCUGGUACCAACAGGGAGAGGGUCAUUUCAGCGGAAGAUGCUGUAUGCUGCAUUUGCCUGGCAAAAUACGCAGACAAUGACGAGCUUCGGGAGCUGCCAUGUUCACAUUUCUUCCACAUGCAAUGUGUGGACGAGUGGCUGAAGAUAAAUGCAUCGUGCCCACUCUGCAAGGCUGAGGUGGGGGAGAGCAUAGCUUCCUUAUCCAGCCCGAAUUCCAGCUGGCUCACGGGUGAGCGGAGGGUGGGGAAUGGGUCCACAAGCGAUGCGUACAGGAGCUCCAUGCUUUGAUCAGGGAGAUUGCACAGUGCAUAUGAAUAGGUAUGGGUGGCCUGCAAAUUCUAUGUAUGGAGACUCAGAGAUAAAUGGAGAUCAAUGGAUUCCUAUGUCUCCCAUUAGAAUCCUUUGGUUCCUUUGAUAAAUGGCUAUGCUUUGAGAUCCUCCACAGCCACUUCCCACAGGGCAAUCUCCCCUGGUCUGAUGUGCCAUGGUUCGGGUACAUGGAAAUUGAAUUGAAAAUAUCUUAGGAUAGGAGGAAAAGAUUAGAUAUGAUUUGGACGGAUGCGAGCUCUAUGAACAUGUUGAUUUUGACCUGUUUGCCCGCCUUUCCACUUGCUGAAGCCCGGGUUUUUAACAGGAUCAGCCAGACGAUUACCGGAUGGAAGAACCAUAAACAAUAAGCUUACAUAUUAUGGAAAUUGUCAUAACGACAGAUUCUUGAAGUUAUUUCCGUAUAUGCUUUGUUUGCUUUGGCUUGUGAAACAACGCAAUAUGAUGAUUUCCUCAGGGCA